CUUAUUCUAGUCAAAUCAACUCCAACCUACACUAAUGCGGUUAGCUAGUCGGAAGUAGAGAUUAUUUCUACCGUGCCUGUGUGGCUUUGGAUAUAUGGACAGACUCGUGUAAUACAAUGGGGAACAGCAAUAAUGCCACAGCCCAGAAUGAUGCUGGUGGUGACAGGAGAUGAUUUCGGCUACUGUCCCAGGAGGAACCAGGGGAUUGUGGAUUGCUUCCAGGCUGGAGGCAUUUCCAAUGUGUCACUGCUGGUUAACGCAUCUGCUGCCAAAGAGGCAGCAGAUCUGGCUAAAAGGCACAACAUACCCAUUGGUCUCCAUGCCAACUUGUCAGAGGGCAUUCCAGUGUGUCAGAGCCUCCAGCAGGCCUCCACUCUCAUAAACCAGCGUGGCUUCUUCCAUGGAAAGAUAGGCUUCCGUCAGUUCCUGGAGAGAGGUCAGCUCAGCAUGGAACAGGUGGAGCAAGAGUUGAGAGCCCAGGUCAGGCUGUUCAGAGAACUGACAGGUCACCUGCCCCACCACAUGGAUGGACACCAACACGUUCAUGUACUGCCAGAGGUGCGUGAGGUGUUUGCACAGGUCCUGUCUGAUCUCAGGAUUCCAUAUACCCGUGUUCCAAUGGAGUCAGGUUUACGCAGCUGCCCCUGGUUACCUUCACACUUCCAAAGAUUCUACACACAGGUGGAGAAGGACGCUCAGGACUCCAUUCCUGUCUUCACACGAUAUGGAAUCAGGUGGCCAGACAUGUACCUGGGACUGACCACCAUGGGCCAGAACAUGUCUGUCCCCAACCUGCAGAGGGCUCUCAACCAGGCCUUGGCUUUAGGCUCAUCAGGCACUACCUCCAGCAAUGCAUCAAGCUCUAAUCGGCCUGUGGUCACAGCAGAGCUCAUGGUCCACCCAGGUUACCCUAGUCACCCCCAGGAAGGAGGCUGUGGAGAGGGCCCUGAUGACUUCUCCCAGUCAGCUGACAGACAGCAUGAACUGAGCAUGCUCAGUGACCCGUCCCUGUUGGCCUUCUACAGCCAGAAGAGAGUGCAACUGUGUGCCUUCAAAGACCUCUGAGUCCUGCUGUCCAAAGAGGACAAACUGUAGAGAGCCAAAGUGAAACCCAAUUUCAUAGAAUCUGUUCCAGAGGUAAAAACCAAACAAACCAGAAUUCAGAGUCACACUGACAUGUAAUAACACAAAUUACUUUAGAUCCACCCAAUAACAUAACUCUAAGUAACAGUAUGUUACUGGGUCACUCUACACUACUCACAAAAAGUUAGGGAUAUUCGGCUUUCGGAUGAAAUUUCAGAAUGUACAUAAAAUGCACUAUAACCUUUCCAGGUGAUCUUAAUUUGACCUUCUACUUAAAUGCCCUACUUUCAUGAUAUAAUAUCACUGUAGCAUCAACUUUUUACAUUUUCCAUAAAUUUCACCCGAAAGUGGAAUAUCCCUAACUUUUUGUGAAUAGUGUAUAUGUCUAGAAAGGGAUGGGAGCGGCUGUCUCAAAGGCAGAGCGGGUCGUUCCUUAAUCAGAAGGUUGUGGGUUCGAGAAUUGUGGGAAGGUUGUUCUUUAUGUAAGCCAUACAUACAGAUCAAUAUAUUGCACUAUCCACAUGCCCUUCAUUGCACAUAAUUAUUACAACUUGGGUUUUUAUGAGGUAGUUUUAUUUAUAAUCAUACACUGCAUCCACCAAGUACAGGGUACUAACUGAAUCAUAUUUUAUGGAGAAAAUAUUUUCUGGUCCUCCAGUACUCUGGCUGCUCUGCUUUAACUUUAAGUGACUUAAGUUCCCUGAUGGAAACAUAGCCAUAGCUACUUGUUGUUAGCACCAGGGCACUGUGUGUUUAGAAAAUAGUAACUAAACCCUAAAACCACUCUUUUCUGCUGAAAACAUCUGUGUGUGUGUGUGUGUGUGCGUGUAUGCAUGUAUAUGAAAAUGAAAUGGGCAGCAUAAGAAUUUGAGUGUCUUUGACAAGGGUCAAAUUGUGAUGAUGACGACUGGGUCAAAGCAUCUCCAAAAUUGCAGCUCUUGUGGGGUGUUCCUGGUCUGUAGUGGUCAGUACCUAUCAAAAGCUCAAAUUGCUGAAAAGGUUAAAGUUGGUUCUGAUAGAAAGAUGUCAGAACACAAUGUAUGUCACAGUUUGUUGCAUAUGGGGCUGCAUAAAAAAAAAAAUAUAUAUAUAUAUAUAUAAAAAAAUUAUAUAUGGGAGAGAUCAACAUCCCACAUUGGAACAUUAUAUACAGUGGGUACGGAAAGUAUUCAGACCCCUUUAAAUUUUUCACUCCGUUUUAUUGCAGCCAUUUGCUAAAAUCAAAAAAGUUCAUUUUAUUUCUCAUUAAUGUACACUGAAAUAUCACAUGGUCAUAAGUAUUCAGACCCUUUGCUCAGUAUUGAGUAGAAGCACCCUUUUGAGCUAGUACAGCCAUGAGUCUUCUUGGGAAUGAUGAAACACCCUUUUUUUUUCCACACCUGGAUUUGGGGAUCCUCUGCCAUUCUUCCUUGCAGAUCCUCUCCAGUUCUGUUAGGUUGGAUGGUGAACGUUGGUGGACAGCCAUUUUCAGGUCUCUCCAGAGAUGCUCAAUUGGGUUUAGGUCAGGCCUCUGGCUGGGCCAGUCAAGAAUGGUCACAGAGUUGUUCCGAAGCCACUCCUUUGUUAUUUUAGCUGUGUGCUUAGGGUUAUUGUCUUGUUGGAAGGUAAACCUUCGGCCCAGUCUGAGGUCCUGAGCACUCUGGAAGAGGUUUUCUUCCAGGAUAUGUCUGUACUUGGCCGCAUUCAUCUUUCCUUCAAUUGCAACCAGUCGUCCUGUCCCUGCAGCUGAAAAACAUCCCCAAAGCCUGAUGCUGCCACCACCAUGUUUCACUGUUGGGAUUGUAUUGGGCAGGUGAUGAGCAGUGCCUGGUUUUCUCCACACAUACCGCUUAGAAUUAACACCAAAAAGUUAAAUCUUGGUCUCAUCAGACCAGAGAAUCUUAUUUCUCAUAGUCUGGGAGUCCUUCAUGUGUUUUUUGGCAAACUCUAUGCAGGCUUUCAUAUGUCUUGCACUGAGGAGAGGCUUCCGUCGGGCCACUCUGCCAUAAAGCCCCGACUGGUGGAGGGCUGCAGUGAUAGUUGACUUUGUGGAACUUUCUCCCAUCUCCCUACUGCAUCUCUGGAGCUCAGCCACAGUGAUCUUUGGGUUCUUCUUUACCUCUCUCACCAAGGCUCUUCUCCCACGAUUGCUCAGUUUGGCUGGACGGCCAGGUCUAGGAAGAGUUCUGGUCGUCCCAAACUUCUUCCAUUUAAGGAUUAUGGAGGCCACUGUGCUCUUAGGAACCUUGAGUGCUGCAGAAAUUCUUUUGUAACCUUGGCCAGAUCUGUGCCUUGCCACAAUUCUGUCUCUGAGCUCCUUGGGCAGUUCCUUCGACCUCAUGAUUCUCAUUUGCUCUGACAUGCACUGUGAGCUGUAAGGUCUUAUAUAGACAGGUGUGUGCCUUUCCUAAUCAAGUCCAAUCAGUUUAAUUAAACACAGCUGGACUCCAAUGAAGGAGCAGAACCAUCUCAGAUCAGAAGAAAUGGACAGCAUGUGAGUUAUAUAUGAGUGUCACAGCAAAGGGUCUGAAUACUUAUGACCAUGUGAUAUUUCAGGUUUUCUUUUUUAAUACAUUUGCAAAAAUUUCUACAUUUCUGUUUUUUUCUGUCAAGAUGGGGUGCUGAGUGUACAUUAAUGAGAAAUAAAAUGAACUUUUUUGAUUUUAGCAAAUGGCUGCAAUGAAACAAAGAGUGAAAAAUUUAAAGGGGUCUGAAUACUUUCCGUACCCACUGUAUGACAAGAAAAGCUAUACAUCUCCCAUUUAACAGUCCGUUGUUUGUUGUAAGGGCCCAUUUCCUGCUUCAACUUUAACUUACUGUAGUAAAGCACACACAGUUGUCCCGUGCAAUGAAUGAUUAUUAAGAACAUUUUAAGUAUGGUAACUUUUAGAUACAUACGUGGACAAAAUUGUUGGUACCCUUCCAUUAAAGAAAGAAAGAAAAACCCACAAUGGUCACUGAAAUAACUGACAAAAGUAAUAAUAAAUAAACACUUACUGAAAAUUACCUAAUGACAAUCAGACAUUUCUUUUGAAUUGUGGUUCAACAGAAUCAUUUUAAAAAACAAACUAAUGAAACUGGCCUGGACAAAAAUUAUGGUACCCCUAGAAAAGAUUGAAAAUAAUUUGACCAUAGGGACAUGUUAAACUAAGGUGUGUCCUGUAAUUAGCAUCAUAGGUGUCUUGUAAUCAGUCAGUCUGCCUAUUUAAAGGGUGAAAUGUAGUCACUGUGCUGAUUGGUAUCAUGGUGUGUACCACACUGAACAUAGACCACAGAAAGGGAGGAGAGAGUUGUCUCAGGAGAUUAGAAAGAAAAUGAUAGACAAGCAUGUUAAAGGUAAAGACUAUAAGACCAUCUCCAAGCAGCUUGAUGUUCCUGUGACUACAGUUGCACAUAUUAUUCAGAAGUUUAAGGUCUACGGGACUGUAGCCAACCUCCCUGGACGUGGCCGCAAGAGGACAACUGAUGACAAAUUGAAGAGACAGAUAAUACGAAACAACUUCCAAAGAGAUUAGAGGUGAACUCCAAGGUCAAGGUACAUCAGUGUCAGAUCGCACUAUCCAUCGCUGUUUAAGCCAAAGUGGACUGAAUGGAAGACGACCGAGGAGGACACCACUGUUGAAAGCAAAUCAUAAAAAAGCGAGCAAAAUGCAUAUUGACAAGCCAAAGCUUCUGGGAGAAUAUCCUUUGGACAGAUGAGACAAAACUGGAGCUUUUUGGCACAUGAGCCCUAUGUUCACAGACACAAAAAUGAAGGAUACAAAGAAAAGAACACUGUACCUACUGUGAAACAUGGAGGAGGCUUGGUUAUGUUCUGGGGCUGCUUUGCCGUAUCUGGCACAGGUUGUCUUGAAUCUGUGCAGGGUACAAUGAAAUCUCAAGACUUUCAAGGCAUUCUGGAGUGAAAACAAGAAUGGCUAAGAGCAAAACAUUGGACUAUUCUGAAGUGGCCUUCUAUGGGCCCUGAUCUAAAUCCUAUUGAACAUCUGUGGAAGGAGCUGAAACAUGCAGUCUGGAGAAGGAAUUGUUAUUUAUUUUUACUUCAGUUUCAAGUUAUGUCAGUGACCAUUGUGGGUUUUUCUUUCUUUAAUGUAAGGGUACCAACAAUUUUGUCCAUGUGUGUAAAGAUCAUUUUCUGGCAAAUUUGCUGAAACUCUCUUCAUACUAUAUCCUGCAGUAGUAUAUGAGUGUCAUUGUUAUGUAAGGUGGAGGGAUGCUUUUCAUUGAUCUCAGGUCUGUGUAGCACCAGUAGCACUUAAUAUCAAAUCACCUAGAAUGUUAUUUUAACAUUCACAUUUUAAAUCACCUGUAACAGUACAGUAUGUUUGUAAUAUUUAUAGUUGUUUAUUGGGUAUUUGAAAUCUUAUAUUUUGAUAAAGUUUCUGUUGAAACUUUUUUAUGCAUUGCUAUAUUUUAAUUGUUACAAAGAUCAUAAAUGAACAGAUUGCAAAUCCAACAAUGUGAGCUAAUAAAUCAAGUCAAACUAA